CAUCGCAACCGAGGCCUAAUGAUAUGCCACUUAAUCAAUGACCCGCAUAAUAGAAUCUCAUCGCAUUGCCAACAUGUCCAUCAUAACCGUCUCGAGGAAAGUGCUCUGAAGGAAUGCUGCCAUAUCGUACAACGGGAAGUACACGACUUGGUACAGUGAUUAUUUUUAAUCCGUCCAACUCCAAAGUGGAAGAGGUUCGGCUUUUGCUGUGGAUCGACGGUGGAUUCCUGCUGUCAUACGGGGAGGUAUAUAAGAAGGUAGCAUCUCUGAAAUGAAAGCAUUCGUUCAGGCAGCAGCUAUCAUGAAGACCACGGGAUUGCAGCUCGUCAGCUUGGUCCUUUCUCUCUUUGUGGCUGCGGUCUACGGAGGCUAUUACGUCGGUUACGGGGGCUACGGCGGCUACGGUGGAUACGGAUACGGCGGUCUGGGAGGCUACGGCGGUCACGGAUACGGAGGUUACGGCCACGGUGCGUACGGCGGCUUUUACGGUGGACACGGCGGAUACGGAGGUUACGGCCACGGUGGGUACGGCGGCGGGUACGGUGGCUAUGGUGGACACGGCGGCGGAUACGGUGGCCAUGGCGGCUUCGGGGGCUAUGGUGGCUACGGAGGAUACGGCGGUCACGGUCAUCACUACUGGUGAUGAAUAGAAGUGUCUGGUCGUAGGAGAUACUUUGUAAAUAAAAAGACGGAAAAUAACCGAAAA